AUGGCUUUUGUUGGGGAGGCUUUUCUAUCUGCUUUCAUUGGGACACUAUUUGACAAGUUGGCCUCUUCAGAGCUAUUGAAGUUUGCACGCCAAGAGCAAGUCCAUGCUGAAAUCAAGAAGUGGGAGAGAAUGUUGUUAAAAAUCUAUGCGGUGCUGAAGGAUGCAGAGGAGAAACAGAUGACAAAUCGGUUGGUGAAGAUGUGGCUAGACGAGCUCAAGGACUUGGCUUAUGAUGUGGAGGACAUUUUGGACGAGUUUGCCACCAAAGCUUUGUGGCGCAACUUGAUGGCUAUACCUCAACCUAGCACUAGUAAGGUAUGGAGCUUCAUCCCUUCUUGUUGUACUAGUUUCAGUGCAAGUGCUGUUAAGUUUAAUUUCAGGAUGGGGUCCAAGAUAGAGACAAUCACAGCCAGAUUACAGGAUAUUUCAACACAGAAAAGUGACCUGGUUCUUAGAGAGAAUGCUGGAGGGAGUUCCCACCAAAUAAGAGAUAGGCUACCUUUGGUAGUUGAAUCUCAUGUUUAUGGUAGGGAAACAGAUAAAGUGGCCAUACUUGACAUGUUGCUCAAAGAUGAAUCCACUGACAAUGAAGUCUGCAUAAUUUCAGUUGUUGGCAUGGGAGGUUUGGGCAAAACUACUUUUGCCCAGAUUGCAUACAAUGAUGACAAAGUGAAGGAUCACUUUGAUUUGAGAGUUUGGGUUUGUGUCUCAGAUGACUUCGAUGUUUUGAGGAUAGCUAAAAUAAUUCUACAGUCAGUUGCUCCUCAUACUAUUCAUGAUGCCAAUGAUUUAAAUUUAGUUCAAGUCUCUCUCAAGGAAAAAUUAUCUGGAAAAAGGUAUCUACUUAUUUUAGACGAUGUUUGGAGUGAAAGGAGUGACAAAUGGGACAGCUUGUGCUCUCCUUUAGGAGCUGGGGCAUCAGGUAGUAAAAUUAUUGUCACAACUCGUAACAUGGGAGUUGUUUCUACAAUCACUGGAACUUGUUCAAGUUACACCCUGGCAGAGUUGUCAUUUGAUGUUCGACUAAAACAUGGAUUUAUGGGAGUUGUCAUUUACAUUAUUUACUAUUUACGAUUGAUUUAUGGUCUGACUUGUCUAAAACAUGGAUUUAGGCCAUAUUUAGCAGCCCUUGAAAACCUGGUGAUAUGUGACUGUGAUGAGUUGACAUCUUUGUGGGAAAAUGGAUUGGGAGCAGAUAGCCUCGGUCAUCUUCAACAUUUGAAGAUUCAAGGGUGUCCUGCACUUGUGUCUUUGGAGGAGCAGUGUCUGUCUUGUAGUCUUGAAUAUUUGGAAAUAAAGGCUGUGCUAACUUGGAGAAGCUGCCAAAUGGAUUGCAAAAUCUCACAUGUCUUGAAAAAUUGA